CUCUCUCCUUCCUCCACAUUGCUCACGCUCUAUCAUGGGCCAUGGGCCAGUUAAGUAAUUGACUUGUCUAGUCAAUAUUGUCGGCCAAUUGCAAUGUAAUGAUUUCUUCCUCGCCUCUUUCCUCGAAAUUGCUCACGCCUGCCGUGCCAGUUAAGUAAUUGACUUGUCUAUUCAAUAUCGUCUGCCAUUUGCAAUGUAUAAGAGGAUAUGGCACGGCAAUCUGAGUUAAAACAUUUGUGUGGUUGAGUUACAGAUCUGCGAUUUUGAGUUGAAUCCUUUCUUUUCUCUUUCUGCCCUCUUCAGAUCGAGCUCUGAGAUCUUAGGUAGAAUCCUCUGUUUUCUCUGUUUUCUUUUCUGUCGUGAGCAAUUCCUCCAUCUUUUCAGACCCUGUUAACACUAAGAUGGAACAAUACAGCCCUCCCGUAACUAAACUUGGCUUCCGAAGCAAUAAGAGGUAUCAUGUGUUCCUCAGUUUCAGGGGAUCAGAUGUCAGAAAGACUCUUGUCGAUCAUCUCUUUGAAGCUCUCUCCGCAGCGGGACUCAAUGUUUACAAAGACGACGAAAAAUUGGAAAAGGGGGAAAACAUUUGGCCGAGCUUGGAAGAAGCAAUCAAGAGCAGUGCCAUAUGCAUUCCUAUAUUUUCCGAAGGCUAUGCAAACUCAGCAUGGUGUCUCAAGGAGGCCGCUGCAAUGUUGAGAAACCCUGCCCUGAUCAUUCCUCUGUUUUAUCAUGUGGAUCCGAACCACGUUAGAUAUCCUCGAGGGAAGGACAGUCCUUACAAGGAUUCAUUUGCAAAACACUAUAACUAUCCAGAUCGACACCCAAGAGAAGAGGUUGAUGAGUGGAGGGAUGCCCUUCUACGGAUCUGUGAUCGCUCAGGCUGGUCCAUGGAUAUAACUCAAGGCCACGAAGCUCGUCUAGUAAAGAGAAUGGUGAAUGAUCUGAUUAAGACCUUGGACAGAGUGCCCUUACAAGUUGCCAAACAUCCAGUGGGAUUGGACAAUCUCAAGAAUACUCUCAUUCAGAAAUUAAAUCUGAAUUUAGUGGAUAAAGUGAUUAAAGUUGGAAUAUGGGGGAUUGGUGGUAUUGGCAAGACCACAGUUGCCAAGGCUGUGUACAAUCAACUCUAUGCUGAUUUUGAAGCUGCUUCUUUUGUAUCUGAUGUCCGUGCCACUGCUGCAGAGACUAAAGGUCUUAGAAAUUUGCAGAAAAAAAUUCUCAAAGAUUUAACCAAAUAUGAUGAAAAGGUUGACAAUGUUGAUGAAGGCAUAUCUCUGUUCAUAGAUCGUUUGGGAGGAAAGCGUGUACUGGUUAUUUUGGAUGAUGUGGAUGCUGUUGCACAGUUGGAUGCCUUGGUUGGGGAUUGGCUGCACUCUGGUAGUAGGGUUAUUAUAACCUCUAGAGACCAACACAUUCUAAAUGUUGCUCAAAUCUCAUCUGAAUGCAUGCAAGAGAUUAGUGGACUCAAGAUAAAUGAAGGACUUCAGUUAUUUAGUUGGCAUGCAUUUUUGAGAGCGACUCCAAAUCAGAGUCAUGAAAAAAUGUCCAAAAGAAUGGUAGAGGCUUGUAAGGGGCAUCCUCUUUCAUUAGAGGUGAUUGGAUCCUUCCUGUAUGAUAAACAGGAUAACAUAGAUUGCUGGGAGGAAGCUCUUCGCAACAUUUUUCGGUACCCACAAAUUCAGGAAAGACUUUACAUAAGUUAUAAUGCUCUUAAUGAGGAAGAAAAAGAAAUAUUCCUAGACAUAGCUUGCUUCUUCAUUGGAGAAGAAAAAACACGUCCAAUCAUUUUCUGGAAAUCCUUGUACAAGAUGGUAGACACCGCUCUAUGUAAUCUGUCAAUGAAAUUAUUAAUAAAGAUUGACGAAAGUGGUGUAUUUCAUAUGCAUGACCUUUUGAGAGAUAUGGGACGAACUAUUGCUGAAAAAGAAAAAGAGCAUAGCCGACUAUGGGAGGGCACCAUAUCCCACAACAUCAAUUUCUCUCGUCUUCGGCUCGAUGGAGGAAGUCCACAAAGGUUUGAGAUGCUGUUCAAGCCUGGUCUUCGCUAUCUUCAUUUGAAGUAUCUGAUGAUAGAAGGCAUGACGACAGACACACUAGUCAGGCUUCCAUCUAGUUUGAUAUGGUUAAGGAUGGAAGGUUGUCAGCUUGAUAUUGGGAAUAAUAGAGCAAUAAAGAAACCAGGUCACUCCAGAUUUGAGGGUAGCUUUCUUGAAUUGAGGAUUAUGGAACUAAUAGAGUGUGCAGGCAUGAAGAGACUUUCUAUCUCCUCUCUAUUUUCAAUUCCUAAUAUAGGAUUGCAGUACUUGAACUUCACGAUGUAUUCCUGGUUAAGCAACGCUGAUAUCUAUGACAGUCAGUUAUGGUUGCUGCAACAGCGAGAGGAGGAGCUGCAGCAGUUACGGUUGCUGCAACAGCGAGAGGAGGAGCAGCUGCCACUGCCGCUGCAACAGCGAGAGGAGGAGCAGCUGCCACUGCCGCUGCAGCUGCUGCGGCAGCAGCUGCUGCAGCAGCUGCUGCAGCAGCUGCUGCGGCAGCAGCUGCUGCCGCAGCAGCUGCAGCAGCAGCUGCGGCAGCGGCUGCAGCGGCAGUGGCAGCUGCUCCUGCAGUGGCCGCUGCAGCUGCAGCGGCAGCGGCUGCUGCGGCUGCGGCAGCGACAGGGGAACGCUGAUAUCUAUGACACGAGAGGAGGAGCAGCGGCAGCUGCAGCUGCAGCAGCGGCAGCUGCAGCUGCAGCAGGGGCAGCUGCAGCAGCGGCUGCUGCGGCAGCGGCUGCAGCGGCAGUGGGAGCUGCAGUUGCAGUGGCGGCUGCAGCGGCAGCGGUAGCAGCGGCAGCAGCGGCAACAGCGGCUGCAGCUGUCGCUGCAGCAGGGACAUGA